AUGAUCCAAUCCAGAGCUCCGAAGAACGCACAUUGCUCAUACUCACAGCACGAAAAGCCCUCGAUGAAGCGAACCUCCAGCAUGUCCCGAUCGUCGCCGGAAUAGGCGCAACAAGCACACGAGAAACCAUCCAACUAGCUCACUCAGCAGCGAAAUCGGGCGCAGAUUUCGCAAUUGCUUUGCCUCCAGGAUAUUACGCAGGUGCCCUAGUAGCAAAUUACAUGCUAGCUAUCAAGAACUAUUUUAUAAAAGUUGCGGCCGAGAGUCCAAUUCCUGGGUAAGGAAGCAAGAAUGGGAGAUGAAAAAAAAGAAAUGUGCCGCCAAUAAAAAGCAGAAUGAUAUAUAAUUUCCCAGCGGUAACAUCAGGAAUCGACAUGCAAAGCGAUCUCAUCCUCUCCAUCGCAAAAUCCGCCCCGAAUAUUUGCGGGAUAAAACUUACAUGUGGUGCCGUGGGUAAACUCACGCGUAUAACAUCUAUCGUGAAUGAGCAGUCUUUUGCAACAGAGUAUCCUCGAAAGGUGGAAACGGCGCCGUUUAGGGUCAUUGAUGGAUUCAUUGAUUUCUUGCUGCCGAGUAUGGCGGCAGGGAGUUCGGGGGCUAUUACUGGACUUGCGAAUUUUGCACCCAAGACUUGUGUUAGGUUUUGGGAGUUGUGUCAAGCUGUCCCUGGGAGUGGAAGUUAUGCGGAGGCGCAGAGGGUGCAGAAUUUGAUUGCGAAUGCUGAUGGGGUUGCCAUUAAAAUUGGGGGUUGUUACCUUUUCUGGAAGAGUGGAUUUCGGUUGCUAAUAGAUCUUACAGAUUUCAGGGAUGAAAAUGCUACUUAACCGUCUUUUUGGAUAUGGAGGCGAGCCGAGACGACCAUUGAUGCCUAUGGAGAAGGAGAGGGGAGAUUUAGUAAUGGAAGAGAAGUAUAUCAAAGACUUGUUGGAGUUUGAAAGGGGGUUGAAGUAG